AUGAACUUUUAUAAAUUAAAAAAAAAAGGAGAGGAAGAUUAUGAUAGAUAUAUAAGUAAUAAAGAAAAAAAGAAAAAGGUUGAUAAAAAUUUUUUAUAUGAAGAUGAUUAUAUACAUAUUAGGAAAUCAAGGGAUCGAAAAAGUGAAGUAUCAAUAAAUAAUGAGGAGUAUGUAUUAAAAAAAAAAAAAAAUUCUAAUAUAUAUGAAAGUAAACGUGAUAAUAGUCUGAUGGGAAUGAAUAAUAUUAAUAAUAAAAUAUAUAAAGAUAAAAUGAAUAAACAUAUAUCUAAUCAUAAAAAAAAUCAUAAUAAAAAUAUUCAUAAAAAUAAUCAUGAAGAAUCUAAUUCAGGAGGAUUUAUUUGGAACUACAUGAAAAAUAUUUAUUCUUCUGUUACCUCAGCUGUUAAGAAUAAUAUUUUUACGAAUGACAAACAUAAUAAUAUGAAUGACAUAUCUUCUUUAAAAAAAAAGCACAUAUCUAAUAAUUCAAGGUUGAUUGAUAAGAAUUUAAAAAAAAAUAAAAAUAAUAGAGAUUUACAUUUUAAUGAAUAUAAAUAUGAUUAUGUAAAGGAAAAAUUUAAAGAUAACAUAUCAUCAUAUGAUAAAAGACAUGAACAAAAUUAUAAAAAAAUAUAUCAACAUGAUGAUGAUCAUGAUGAAUAUCAAGAUGAAUAUCAAGAUGAAUACCAAGAUGAAGAAAAAAAAAAAGAAAUAGAAAAAUAUAAAAAAAAAAAAGGUAAUAAUACGUAUUAUGAUUUUUCAGAGAAUGAUUUUAAAUUUUUAUUUAAAUCGGAUAAUGAAGAUUUUAAUGAUAAUAAUAUAAACUAUGAAAAUAAUUUAAGUCAUAUGAAUAUUGUAAGGGAAGAUGACAAAAUAAAGAAUACAUUAUAUAAUGAUAUAGCACACCACACUGAUGAAUAUAUAUAUAUGGAUAUUAAGAAAAAAAAAAAAAGUCAACUUAUAAAUAAAAAUAUUCAUCAAGAUAAUAUUAUUGAACACGAUAAGUCUAAACAAAAGAAUGGACUUCUUGAGGACACCAUUUUUAAUCAUAAGAAAAGUCAUUCGAAUCUUCACAGAGGUGUAAGGCAAAAGGAAUACCAUGAUAAUAAAAACAAUAAUAAAAACAAUAAUAAAAACAAUAAUGAUGAUAAUAAUAAUAAUGAUAGUAAUAAUAAUAAUAAUGAUAAUAAUAAUAAUAAUAAUAAUAAUCGUACACAUUCCUUGUUUAAUAAAAAAGGUAGACACUCAUCUAACAACUUAUACAAAAUAGAUGAUAAAAAUGAUUUCUUCCUACACUCUUCAGAUGAAGAACAGGAUAAGAAAUAUAAAAUGAAUUUAGAAGUAAAAAAAGAAAAAACUAAGAACCAUGUUAUAUUAUUAAAUGAGAAUUAUGAUGGAAAACAAGGUAUGGAUAAUAUGAAACCUUCAAAAAGCAGUGUUAGAAAUAUAAAUACUAUCCACAAUGAUCUUAAUAAAGAAGACGAAAUAAUGUUCAAAACAAAUACACAAAAUCAUAAUUCUACAGAAAAACUAUAUUAUGAACAUAUUUUUGAAGAAAUAAAUAAGCACACAAAUGAUACACAACAUUUCAAAGAAAAUACAUCUAAUGCUGUAACAAAUGUAAUGAAGGACACAAACGAAAAAAUUAAUAAUAUAGAUAAUCAUAUAACAUAUAAAAAUAGUGAUAUACAAAAUGAAAAAGAUUCAAAUGUGGAAUGUGAUAUGUCUUUUAAUAAAUGUGAUCAACAUGAUUUUUUAAAUAUGACCACUCCUAUAACGGACAAUGGUACUAAUGAUCUUCAUAAUAUUAAUAGUAAUAACUAUUCAAGAAAUUUAAACAAAGAAGAUGUUUUUAAUGACGAAGCUAUUAAAGAUAAUGAUGCAUUAAAAAAAUUAAGAUAUGAAUAUAAAAACUUAAUUAAUAUAAUCGAUUCAUUUAUUGAUGAAACACUAAAUUAUGAUCUAGAUAAAAAUUCUCCUGUUUCUAAAUUACAUUUAGAUGAAAAAAAUGACAAAAUGUGUAAUGAAAGUAAGGAUCAUUAUUUAAAUAAUAAAAAUAAUUUUAAAGAUAAUGAUGCUCAUGAUGUACACAAUAAUAUAGAUGAUGACUUUAAAAAUAGCUUGAAAUUUAUUGAGGAUACAUCAUCAGAAGAUACAAAUAAAUAUGUUAUCUUAAAAUAUGAUGAAGACUCUUUAAUUGAAGCUUUAGAAAAAUUACGAAUUGAUAAAAAAAAGAAAGAUAAACUAAUAAAAUUAAAAGAUAAAUAUCAAGAGGAUAUAGAAAAAGAUGCAUAUAAUGAUGAAAAAAAAAAAAAAAAAAUUGAUAAAAAUAUAUUUUUUAAAUGUAGUAAAAAAGAAUACUAUGAAAAAGCUAUAAUUAUAUUAAAUGAAAAAAUUGAAAAUCGAGUUUUAAUUGAAAAAUUUAAUGUACCCUUAUUAUAUUCACAAAUUAAAUGCCUUAUAGAUACCAGAUGGUUAAAUGACGAAGUAAUCAAUUUCUAUCUAAGUAUGUUACAAGAAUAUAAUGAACAACAUACAAAAAAUAAUUCUCUUACAUUUAUACCGAAAAUUUUUACUUUUAGUACUUUUUUUUUUCAAUCUUUAAAUUUUAAUGGAUCAUAUAAUUAUAGCAAAGUCUCAAGAUGGACCAAAAGAAAACAAGUUGAUAUAUUUUCUUUCGAUUUAAUUCUUAUACCUUUACACGUGGGUGGAAACCAUUGGACUCUUGGUUCUAUCCAUAUGAAAGACAAAAAAAUAUGUUUAUAUGAUUCUUUGAAUGGAUCAAAUAAAAAGUUUUUUGAAUAUAUGAGAAGAUAUAUAGUUGACGAAAUGAAGGAUAAAAAACAAAAGGAUUUGGACAUAUCCUUAUGGACUUAUAGUAAAGAGGGCGUUUCUGAGAAAGGAAUUCCGCAUCAGGAGAAUGGAUAUGAUUGUGGUGUGUUUACGUGUAUGUUUGCAAAGUGUUUAAGUUUUAACCGGGAAUUUGAUUUUAAUCAAAGAGAUAUAAAGGACAUUCGAUUAAAAAUGACUUAUGAGAUAUCUCAAGGUUGUUUAGUAUUUUAA